GGAAUAUUAUGAGCAGCGGCGCACAAGUCGUGCUGGCUAAAUACCGUCUAAAGUGGCUGAAAUCCCCAAGAUGCAACCCGCCGCACUAGCCCCACCAAAGGCAAGAUGCAUCAAAGGUAGCCAGAUUGCGGGUUAGCCCCAGGCGGGGUUGGACUCAAUGUCGUGAGCCAUGACGUUCCCUGAGGGUGAAGCAAGGGCGUUGAGUACGAGUGCCAACACCAAACUUCACCCGAGUGGCGGGACGGCGGGAUGUAAGCCGAAGACUUAGGGUGGGGUAGAUUGGCAUCUGUAUAUAUUCAUCCUGGGUACCUCUCGCCGGGCCUUUGAUAGUGCCAUUGGAACUCACCAUGAGGUUUACCACUCUCAUCCAAUCGCUGCUCGCCUUCUCGGCAACAGCAUGGGCAGAUAACUCAACCUACUACAAUCCCGUUCUCCCUGGCUGGCACUCCGACCCAUCAUGUACGCCCGUCAACGGAACAUUCUUCUGCGUCACAUCAACAUUCAUCUCCUUUCCCGGGCUCCCCAUCUACGCCUCAAAAGACCUCGUCAAUUAUAAACUCAUCAGCCAUGUCUGGAACCGCGAAUCCCAGCUUCCAGGCUACAGCUAUGCGACCGACUCCCAGCAGCAAGGCAUGUACGCUGCUACUAUUCGGCACCACCAGGGCACAUUCUACGUCAUUUGCGAGUACCUAGGCACAACCGGCAACCGUACGAAUGGUGUCUUGUUCAAGACUACCGACCCAUUUGACGAAGCUAGCUGGAGUGACCCCGUCCUCUUCCGCGCUCCGAAAAUUGACCCUGAUAUCUUCUGGGACGACGACGGCAAGGUUUACGUAGCUACUCAAGAAAUCCGCAUCCAAGAGAUCAACAUCGACACCGGGGCCAUGGGGCCUGUCAUCAACCUCUGGAAUGGCACAGGCGGCGUCUGGCCCGAAGGCCCUCACAUCUACAAGAAAGAUGGAUGGUACUACCUCCUCAUCGCAGAGGGUGGCACAGCCGAAGACCACGCCGUCACCAUGGCCCGCGCCAAGACCAUCACUGGCCCCUACACCCCCAGCCCACACAACCCUCACCUCACAAACCGCGGCACUGAUCAAUAUUUCCAAACCGUCGGCCACGCGGACCUCUUCCAAGACGGCAACGGAAACUGGUGGGGCACCGCCCUAGCCACGCGCUGGGGACCCCCCAACAGCUCGUUUUACCCAAUGGGCCGAGAAACCGUUCUCUUCCCUGUGACAUGGCCCACUGGCGAGUGGCCCAUCAUGCAGCCCGUCCGCGGCAUCAUGUCUGGCUGGGAACUCCCCGCCCUGUCUCGCGACAUCCCCGGUACCGGGCCGUUCAACGACGACCCAGACGUCUAUGACUUUCCUGCUGGGAGCCAGGUCCCGCGUAACUUGGUAUACUGGCGGGUACCGCGACCAGGCAUGAUCAGCAUAACGGAGAACGGGUUGCAGGUCGUGCCGAGUAAGAAUAACCUAGCAAACAAGUUUAACAAUACGACGCCGUCGAGCAAGGCCAUCAGCUUCGUGGGACGUAGGCAAACUGAUAGCACGUUCAAAUUUAGCGUGGAUAUGACCUUUAACCCGACUCAGGACGGCCAGGAAGCCGGCAUCACCGCGUUCCUGACGCAGUAUGCUAAUGUGCAGCUUGGUGUUACUCGGCUCAACGGCUCAACCAUGUUUCGCUUCAACUCGACCGAGUCCCGUAACAAGUACAAGCCCCUUCCCGAGGCAUGGGAAGAGCAGCCCGUCCGCCUCAUGAUUGACAUGUGCACCCCGGAUGAGUACUUGUUCUCCGCUGCCUUGGCCGAGGGCGACUCGGAGACGCUCGAGUUGGGCAAGGCGGCCACAAGUCAAGUGAGCGGGCGUACGGGGAGUUUUGUCGGUACGCUGAUUGGGGUUUAUGCGACGUGUAAUGGGGCUGGGGACCAUGUCUUGGAUUGCCCGGAGAGUACACCAAAGGCCUGGUACAAUAAAUGGAGGUAUACUGGUGUGAAGCAGUGGGUUGACAAGGGCAUUAGUGUGCCGAGUGAGGGGUUUAAUCAGGGGAUUUGAUCGGGUGGGAAUGAGUGAUUAGAAUAGAGCUAAGAUUCUUAAUACAUACAAUUCACGACUGUUAUACAUUGAAUAAGAAGACAAACAGACGUUCUUACAUAUAUCCAGGUUUGAAUUAGAGAAGUGUACGUAGUGAGAUAUAUUCGUUCCUAUGUAGAAAGCAGUGAAUGUAAUAACUAAGAUAGAGCGCAUUCACAUAAAUAGUCG